UGGAUACGUGUAACUGUUUAUAAUACAACUGAUAUUUAUUGUUUAGUAAACCUAAGAACUGAUAUUGACAUUAAUCUCAUCCGUUUACAAUUAAAAACAAUGGAAAUAUCUUGAUAAUGACAAAUCAAGCAGAAUUGGAUCAAUUAGCCAAUGCGGAGUUGGAACGUUUACAAAGACAGUUACGCUCCUUACAACUGGAGUUGCGGGGAUUAUUGGAUUACAAGACCAAGCAAUUGAAAAAACAAAACCACCUAAUAAGUGGCCUGCAAAAGGAGCACCAGCAGCUGACUACAGAGAUAAUCACAUUAGAAGGUGGAAGUCAUGCCAAAAGAAGUGUUGGGAAAGAAAGGAAAUUAUCUACCCUCCAACUGCAAGAGGCUGAUGUCCAGCGUAUUUUGCAAAAUGAACGUACCAAUUUGUGGGAAUUGGAGGGACACAUUAAAAAGAUUGAAAAGGAAAUCGAUGGCAUGCGGAGAUUGGAAGUUCCUGACAGUUGUUAUAAAGACACCAUUUGUAAGGUCCAGAAAAGUGUUGUAAAAUUGGAAAACCGUUUAGAUGUGGUCAACAAGAAAUGCAGUGAUGUAUUGACGGAAAAUUCCAAAUUGCGGGACAACAUCAAUCACAUGUUACAAGAUCGAGCUAACUUCAAUGAAAUGUGGCAAUCCAUGGUUACUCAAUUUAAUGAGGGUAAAAAAUACAUCAUGGAUUUAAUAGAUCAGUCCACAUUGGCCUAUGACCAACGUGAGGAACUCUGUAAUAAAUUACAGCUACUCAAAGAUCGCAGUGAAAACGAUAAAAUAAUGCACAUACAGGAAAUGCGUGAAAUGCAACGGCGCUUAGAGCAUGAUGCCAAGUUACAAAAAUUCUUCGAUAUAAAGGGACAAAAGCGGCAAAAUCCUGAACUGGAACAAAGAGAAGUUAACAAAAAGUUGGCCCAAAAGGAGGCAUUUGAAAGGCAAUUGCAGGACUACAAGGCAAUAGUUGAUAAAAUGAAGGAUCUAUACAAGGAACCGGAUACGAGUAAAUUGGCAGCACAAUUUAAGCGACAAGAGGAAGAGAAUUUUGCUCUCUUCAAUUAUGUAAAUGAGCUAAGCAAUGAAGUUGAAGUUCUCAAUGAUACCACUCAGGAACUGUCUGAUGAAAUUGAACGCCAAAAAGCUGACCUCUUGGAAAAAGAACAAAAACAAAAAACCGAAUCAUUGGAGUAUCUUAGUGAGCAAUUGGAUAAUGCCAAAACUCAAAAUAAUGCUGCCAAGGAAAAGGCUGAAAUUUUAGAUAAACGUUUACAUGAAAUGCUCACGGGUAUUUGGGAAAUAUUUAAACAAUUAUCAUGCGAUGAUGCCCCCAUUUUAAAUGUGCUGAGUUCAAAAACUUCCAUGACUUCCCACAACGUUAAACUCUUCGUAGGUGUUAUAGAGAAGCGUAUUAACAUGACCAUAUCAUCGGUCCAUAUCGAUGAGUCAUCAAAUACUAUAUUGGCGAAAAAAGAUCGUGUGCCCAAGUUUAAUGUUAAAGAAUCGGCUAAAAGAAAGAAAUAAUAUAUAUUUUUUAUAACUAUGUGUAUUUAGAAAUAAACAGUAUAAAUUUUU